GGUCAUUGGAAUGGGGGCUGAGGAGCAAGGGUAGGAGUGGGAAUGGUUUGGGCUUGACAUUGACACGGGUGGGUGGUGGUGGUGGUGGUGGUGGUGGUGGUGGUGGUGGUGGUGGUGGUGGUGGUGGUGGUGGUGGUGGUGGUGGUGGUGGUGGUGGUGGUGGUGGUGGUGGUGGUGGUGGUGGUGGUGGUGGUGGUGGUGGUGGUGGUGGUGGUGGUGGUGUGGUGGUGGUGGUGGUGGUGGUGGUGGUGGUGGUGGUGGUGGUGAUGGUGGGCGUCCCUGGCAGCGCCGUCCAUCCAGCGCUGCUCGCUCUCCGCCCGCGCCCUCAUCUCCUGCACCCGCCGCUGCAGCGCCCUGCUGUGCGCCGCUAGCAGCGCCACCACGGGGGAGCUGGGGAACA